UCUCUCGGGUUUUAGGGCAAGUUCAAGCCGCUCUGAGAUUGUGAUCGGCAGGAUCUCGGAUCUCGCAGUCUUGCAAAGUGGCGAGGUGACUCGUGGCGGUUUAUUAGCCUCCGAUAUGGCCAGUCCCCGAACUCGACGGAUAUUAGGGGAACUGAAGACUCAGAAUGAAAACAAUAGGUGCUUCGAGUGUGGAGUCCCGAAUCCCCAGUGGGUCUCCGUUACAUAUGGAAUAUGGAUUUGUCUGUACUGCUCCGGAAAGCACAGAGGACUCGGAGUUCAUCUUUCCUUCGUUCGCUCCACAUCGAUGGACAAGUGGAAGGACUUGGAGCUUCAGAAAAUGUCUGUUGGUGGCAACCGGAAGGCCCGGAAGUUCUUUGAAUUUCAGCCGGACUGGGACGACAGGAUGCCCUUUUUACAAAAGUACAAUACGAGAUCUGCGGCUAUGUACAGAGAUAUGAUAGCUACAUUGGCUCGAGGCGAAGAAUGGAAUCCUAUACCUUCUAACGCCAAGGAUUGUGGGAGUUCACAUCAAGAGAAUAGACAAAAUUGCAACUCUUACCAAGGCGAACAGUCUUCGUAUCAAAAUAUCAAUUCUCCUAGCUUUAAAUCCCAGACAGAAUCAUUCUUCACUAGGAAACAAAAUGAAAAUGCAGACCGACCUGAAAAUCUACCACCAAAUCAGGGAGGCAAAUAUGGAGGUUUCGGAUAUCAAAUGGAUCCACCACCGAGAAGCUCUUCCCAAGAAUUCUUUGACACUGCUGUUUCGUCUCUUGCUAGUGGCUGGUCUAUACUCUCCACCUCUGCGACGAAGAUAGCCAGCAAAGCAACUGAAAAUGCCAUCAAGAUCGGAGGAAUAGCUACGCAAAAGGUAUCCGAGAUUUCUGUUUCUGUGACCGACAAGGUUCGGGAAGGUACCCUGCUGGAAGACGUAGGCGCUCAGGUCAAUAAUCUAGCCUGUAAGGUGGGAGAUAUAGGCAGAAGAGGCUGGGGUGACAUCAGUGGCACCAACUCGUCUGAGCAACGUCACGAUGUGGAUCGACAUUAUCAAAGCUCUUCCAAUUCUUAUCAGAAUUCAUCCAAUGUACAUUCCAACGAAAAGUCGUCACUAGUUUCUGGUUCAAGUGUAAAAUCUAGCUUAUCAAGCUCUUCCAGCCAGGAGUGGGAUUGGGGAGGCAGCUCGAAGCAACCCAUCAAUACAUCGACCGAAGUAAAAAGUCCAAACUUGCCAAAAGCCAACGAGUCACCUAAAGAGAAAGCACUGAUAAACUUCGAGGCAGAUAGUAAGGCCUCCGACUGGAACUCAAAGCUUGAGGAAGAUGCCUGGGAGAUACUGAAAAAUUAAUUCAAACUAUCAGGGACAGUACGUCCCUGGCAUGUAAUUAAAUCCUUGACAAGAAUCAUGUCUAUCGAGAACAGUAAUUAACGUGUACGUUCUUUCUAUGAAUUGUUGGUUGUAUUAUUGUUAUUGUACAGUGCAAUGUAUGUGUACAUAAGUAUCUUCAAAAAAGGGCACUAAAACUCAUUUCUUGGCUAACAGGUACUAAGGAUAUCAUGAUAUCAAACAAUAUCACUUAUCAAUUUCUGUGUAAAUGGGGUCCCUGGCAUUAUUCUUUUCUCGAGUGCACUAUAUGUUAUUUAAAAUACAGUCUCAUAUCGGAAUACACAACCACAGUUCA